AUGGAUGAACUAAAUAAAGAAGAAAUUGUGGAUAAUAUUAAUAAUGAGCAAGCGAAAACUCGGAAGGGACAUUUGAUUUUAAAGAAAAGAGAAGGAGUAUAUGAAGAGAGUUCAAAAUAUUGUUUAUUUAUUUGUAGUAAUAAAAGAUCAUUAAUAUUAAAAAAUUUUAUGUAUGAUAUUUAUAGUAUUUAUAAACCAUUAACUUGUUAUAUGCCUAAAGCUCAUUCAAAUUUAUCAAAUAUAAUUAAUAAGAUAGAUAACUUAGUAGAUAUAUGUGUUCAUAAUAAUUGUUCAUUUUUCUUUUCUGUAUUUUCAACAAAAAAAAAACCUUCACGUUUUAUUAUCGGAAGGUUGUAUAAUAAUAAAAUAUUAGAUUAUUAUGUUUUUUCUCUUAUAUCUUAUAUACCAUUAAAAUUAUUCCCCCUUUCAAAAGAAAUAUUAUAUGAUACGAAACCUCUCGUAUUAAUUCAAGGAUCAUAUUUUGAACAGAACGAAACAAAUAGGUAUGUAAAAAAUAUCCUCUUCGACUUUUUUAAACAUAAAAAUGUUGACACCUUUUCCAAAAAGUCAAUCCAACGUCUGAUUGUUAUAAGUGCUUACCAGAAGAAUAGCGAAAUAAAUCUAGAUCUUGGAACAAAAGUUGAAGCGGCCAAGGAAAAUACUGAAAAAAAUAAAAAUGAUGAAAAAAAUAAAAAUGAUGAUGAUAAUAAAAAUGAUGAUAAUAAAAAUAAUGAUGAUGAUAAAAAUAAUGAUGAUGAUAAAAAUAAUGAUGAUAAUAAAAAUGAUGAUAAUAAUAAAAAUAAUGAUGAUAAUAAAAAUGAUGAUAAUAAUAAAAAUAAUGAUGAUAAUAAUAAAAAUAAUGAUGAUAAUAAAAAUGAUGAUAAUAAUAAAAAUAAUGAUGAUAAUAAUAAUGAUGAUGAUGUAACAUUACAUUUAACUGAAGACGCCAUGAGCACAACUAAAGAAAACCUGAAUGAUUCAUUUAAAAAUAUGGACAAUAUUUCUAAUAACUUAAACACAAACAAAUUUAAUUCGUACCACAAACAUAAGGACAAAGAUAAGAAAAACUUUUAUGUCAUGUCAUUUAAUCAAUACUUAAUUACUAAAGAAUUCUUUAACAUAAAUAAAGAAAAUGAACAACUUCCCAAGCUACAAGAAAUAGGACCAAGGUUUGAAUUCACUUUAGAAGAAAACUACAAAACACCUGAAUAUAAUUUAUUUCAAGAAGCUUUAAGAACAGUAAAAAAACAAGAAAAAACGAAAAUUAAAAAUGUACAUGUGGAUGAAUUUGGUCAUAAUAUUAAAAAGGUUUAUGUUCAGAAACAAAAUUUUAGUAAGCUACAUACAAAGCAUACCAAAUUUGUUAAACAAAAUAAAUUCAACACAUAA